AUGACUUCGUUGGAUAACCGUGGCGUCUGGUCAACGUUAUUCGACUCUCACACAACAAUCCACACCCUGUAUCUCGGCACCAUUGUUGCUCAGCGCAUCCUCGAUUACACCACCUGGCGCUGUGGCUGGGCCUCUGUAUCUGAGACACUGAGCCGGAAGCCUAGUGAUACCUGGGAUACAAAGAUCUACCGACUGCUUUCGAUUCAAUUCGACCUGCCAGAAGCUGUCCUUCUCAUGGCUGGAUUGUCUCUUCUCUUGAUACCACUGUCAUUGACAGGUUCCAACAACAGUAGUGCAUGGACCCACGGGUUACUUUUUGCGCUACCGGUCCUUGGGGUGGUCUUCUUGAUGGCAUUUCUUGUUUGCGACGCACGUGUCGCCGGAGCAAUAUGGCGAAACACUCUGCUAAAUAAACUGCAGCGGUAUCUUCCCAGAGACCUGAAAAACCAGGCAAAGUCUAUCGUCGGCUCAAUUGUGGUUGCUCGAAUAUAUGCCGUCGGUACUGAAGCUCGCGACGCGAUCAAUCGCAGCUACCGAGAGUCAUAA